UUUGCCCAGGCAUGUACUGUACUAGAUCAGGACAGUAGGAGGGCUUUAUGAAUCAUAGUCUGAUGGCAAGCAGUUAAAUAGAACUGCAGCAUCCUGAACACACAGUCCAGUUUUUUGAGAGAGAUUUACUUGUGCAUAAAUGUGUAGAACCAGAACAACCAUGGCCAGUUCUAAGUGGAUUCUGAGCUCCCUGGGGAAAGGUCCUGCCAGACGGAACCUGUUUGGCCCAGUGGACCAUGAGCAGCUGCAGCAGGAGUACCAGAAUGCCUUGCGCAGAGACCUGGAGGACGCCUGCCACCGCUGGGGCUUUGAUUUCCUGUCAGAGAAGCCUCUGGCUGGGGGAGACUUCCAGUGGGAGGGGGUUCUAAGCACCAAGCUGCCUCUCCUCUACCAACCCUGCCUUUUGGGUCAGGGGGAGGCACAGAUGGAGGGAGGCCUGGUGGCCAUCACAGGGAGGGUCAGGGCAGGGCCUUUGCACCGUGGCAAAGAGAAUAUCCCUUGCACCCCUGAGAAGUGCAUAGCCAACCACCAGAAUCUGGAGAAAACACCAGACAAGAAGGAGAACACCAACCACAAUGAAAACAGACUGACCACGAAACAGACCGAAGACUAAACAGACCAACCUCACAGGCAGGAGCGUUUGUGUCGUGUGUGGAUGUAGAGAUUUCUACCAAGCCAAGAAGAGAGUGGUGGGUACGCAGUGUAAGUCAGACCAGUGAUUUCAGGGCACACAGUCACAGCUGCCAGGGAGCCAACAUUCGGGACAGAACCACAGCAAACACUACUUCUCGCAGGAACCCACAC